AUGGCCCGGACGCCAAAUCGACGGAAGGCGAAGACAAAAGCGGGGCCCAAGCCGAAGCUCGCAGGAGCAGCGGCCGGGGCAGGGGCAGGGGCAGGGAGUCGCGCAAAGCCGUCGAGCGUACGAGUGGACCAACGCAUCCGGCAGAACGCGAUAAACGACGCGGAGCUACGCGCCAAUGCGCAGACGAUCCUCUCUGCGAUCCACGAGUCUCGGCCAAGGAAUACGACCUCGGCGUACGCACCGAAGCAAGAGGAAUUCGAGCAAUUCUGCCGCCACAAACAGUACUGUGACGGCGCUACGGUCACAGAGGAGAAGCUCCUCCUCUUCCUCGUCGAGGAGGUGGCCGGUCGGCCCUUGAAGGUCAGGAGCCGCAAGGCCGCCACUGAUACUCCGCAGGACGAGACCCGCCUGGCCUGGCGGUCGGUCCGAACUUAUGUCACCGCAAUCACGGAUCUUUACCGGACGCAGAAGGCCCUCGGAAUGAAUACGCACCCGUCGCCGCGCGAGGACAACGUACGAGAGUACCUCAAGUCCCUACAGCGCCGGGACGCCCAACGAGACAGGGAGAACUAUGCCGAUAAAGGCCGCGAUACUCUGCUCGAUGGUUACUCGAGUCCGAGUUCGAACGACGGGGAAGGGCUCAACCGGUGCAUGCCGCUCAUCUUUACGACACGAGCCGGCAAGCAGAACCAGCACGGCCGCCUCGAGACCGCCGGCGCGUAUCGGAAUAGGAACCCGCUAAUCUGCAUCUUGGGUGGCCUCUCGUUCUACCUCUUGUAUCGUUGGGAUCUCGGUAGUGAGCCGUUUCCCGAUUUCAGCAGGCGGUCCUCGUGGUACGACAUCCGGCUAAUCAAGGGUAACGGCACCGGCCGGACGGCGGCUUUCUCGUACAACUCACAGCGCGAGUGGGUUGUCAAGGCCUUCGCCUACGCCGGCGUCACGUCGCAGAAGAAGACGCAUGAGCAGAUGGUCGGCUGUUACCUGAACUCGUUGCCUCGCAAGUUCAUGCGUACGAUGGCCGGGCACCCGCCGCAGGCCGGAUGCUUCGAGAUACGCCGUGCCGGCGUGACGCCGCCGGAGGUCCUGCUCUCGAUGAUCUGGCCCGAGCUGGACCGUUGGCGAGGCCGGUUCGGUCCCGGUACCGAGCAGGAGAACGACCUGGCAGCGAUGGCCCCGUUUGGAACCACCCGGUCUUCCGGCAUCCGGCCUACGCCCCGUUCGCGCACCAGCUAUCGGACUUCAUCCUUGAAGAGGAGCGUCCAAGCCAGCUUGCAGUCCUAG